CAGAAGUUGAAUAGAUAGUGAAAGUCCCUCGGAGCGAACAGGAGUGCUAAGGAAGGGAGCGGGGUUCAGCAGGAACGGGGGGGUUCCAGUAAGGUAUAUGAGGGCCUCAGUUCGAGCAAUCGCCGGUACUCUAGCCUCGCUGCCUACUUACAUUCACACACACUAACACAACCACCGACCGCCGGGAAACACGAUGCACACCCUCGCGACGGUAGCAACGGUGCUCACCGCGCUGCUAGCGGUAUCGGCACAGCAGUACCAGCGACCUGGCGGUAAUUAUAUUGACGAUUAUGCCCAAUACGACUCCCAACAACCUAGCCAGCCGACUCCACGUAGCUACGCGACCGAUCCGGAUCGUCAAUCGGCUGCGCCAGCGAAUCCGAAGCCAACGCCGGUGGCAAUCCUGAAGCAAAUCAAUCGACACAACGAAGAUGGCUCGUACACGUAUGGUUUCGAAGGUGCAGACGGCUCCUUCAAAAUUGAAACCAAACUGCCGACCGGCGACGUGAAGGGCAAGUACGGUUUCGUCGAUGACACUGGUAAGGUCCGUAUAGUCGAAUAUGGCGCGGAUCAGUACGGCUUCCAGCCGGCCGGUGAGGGUAUCACCGUAGCCCCACCAACCCUGUUCGAUGAGACCACCAGCAGAGAGGCCCUCGCAGCGCAGGCCUACGAGGAGCAACAACAACAGCAGCAGCAGCAACGGCAACCGGCGCCCGCUCGACCGGCUUAUCAGCAACAAUCACACACCCAGGCUGUAUACGCUCCUGCGCAGGUAGCCCCGAGCAGACCCGCGCUUCCCAAACCUCCCAUUUUUACCCCGGCUGCCCCAGCACCCCAAGCCCCGCGACAGCCCCUGCUGCCGCAGAACUACGAACCAGCGCCGUCCUCGCAGCUUUACAAUCAGGGACCAGCUCAGUUCAGUCCUGCGCCGCAUCAGCCUGAUGGCCGUUCCCAGCCGCAGGCCCGCAAUGGCGCGGGCGGCGGUAUCCUGGACCAGCUCGCCAGGGACUAUGCUCUGCCUCAGGGAGUGGCACCGCCAUUGCACGACAUCAGCUUCGGCUACUACUAGGCUGUCUAGUCCUGCCCCUUUGCCUACUGAAGAGUAGAAGAGUCUGGGAUCAAUCGUUCGAGCCUCAACAACAUUUUAUGCCGCUCAAUUGUAACGCUAUAUUGAAAUUCUAAUGUUUUUCAUAGAAUAGAUUUACGUUACGUCACUGUAGAAUUUAAUUUUCGUGUUUAGAAAUUAAGCGCUAUAUGCAUUAUAAUAUAGCUAUAAGAAUGCGGUCUACUUAACGUUGCAAAUGCUUCGAAGCACUUGAUUGACCAAUCAGAAAAAAGAAUUUUAUUAACUAACCAAUCAAAGAAUGCUUCAAAGAAUUUGUUGCAUCAAGUGGACCGUAGCCUACGUAUUACGAUUGAUCCCAAACUCAAUUACUCAUUUCGGUUACGUGUUGGUCUUGUAUUCUAUUCGUGAAUGGGACGCGUCGGCAACUGGAUAACUUGUCAUAAUCUCGGCGUGGCCCACUCUACCUGAAGUAGAUGGCAGUGUGAUUGAUGAUUAUCGCGAAUAGAUCAUAUAUUGCAAUUGGAAGUUGAGAACUAUUAGUCUAUUGAUGUCUAAAAUCGCGAUAAAAUUCUAUUCCGUCCACGUAACAUGAUUUUUUUUCAUAUUGUAUUUAAUUAACAAUUCAAAUACGUAUCAACAAGACAAAAAAUAAUACAUCUCAUACAUAUAUUUCACAUUGUUCUAAUAGCGAUAAACUGUGAUAAAUUGACAGCAAAAUAUAAAAUAAUUUUGAUGGAAAUAUUAAUACGUUGUUCAAAGGGAUUUUUAGUUUUAUCAUAUUUUCUUUAUCUUUGGAAAUAAGGUAAAAAAUUUUUCAAGAGCUUUCAAAAAAACGAGAAAUUAUUUUUUAAACAAAUAGACGUCAAGGUCUGAGUUUUCGACUUCUUAUUUUAAUUAUUUGUUUUUACGAAUAUCCAUCGAGUUAAUAUUAGGAUAUAAUAUUUGACAUUAUCUUUUUAUCAAUCAUUAAAAUUAUUGUUACGCAUAUCACUAUUCGUCAAAGAAUUAUCCAGAUAACAAGCGGUACACCGAUUAGACAUAGUAAGAGUUGUAAAAAGAAUGUAAAUAAAAUUUCUCGUCUUUCCCUUCAGUAGACGUUCGCUUUUACUCCGGAAAACGCAGUUUGCCUUGAGAACUCGCCACUCUGGAGUGCUGCGAUCAGCUGGAAUUGUAUUUUCACGACGAGGUCCCUCGAGAAUGUUAUGUUAAUUGGGCGUGCUUACUAUUGUAAUUAGAUUAUUGUAAGGUAAUUCGAGUGGAAUAAAGUGAGGCCAAUACUAAAUUCCACCGCCUCUAUGUAAUGGAACGCAAAAAAUUUCCGUACAAUGCC